CCUGCAAAGUUUUCUUUGCCAAAGACCCUCUGAAGAUAGUGCGUGCUCAGGGACAAUAUAUGUUUGAUGAGAAAGGAGAAAAAUACUUAGACUGCAUCAACAACGUUGCACAUGUUGGCCACAGUCAUCCAUACGUGAUAAAGGCUGCAACAAAACAGAUGGAACUGCUGAAUACAAAUUCCCGGUUCCUGCAUGACAACCUUGUUCAGUACGCGCAGCGUCUUACAGCCACCCUGCCCGAGAAACUCUCUGUUUGCUAUUUUGUUAACUCUGGGUCUGAAGCAAAUGAUCUUGCUUUACGGCUGGCUCGGCAGUACCAUGGGCACCAAGAUGUGAUCACCCUCGAAAAUGCUUACCAUGGCCAUGUUACAUCUCUGAUUGACAUCAGUCCCUAUAAAUUUAAUCAGCUGGGAAAGGACAGCAAGAAGGAGUUUGUGCAUGUGGCUCCUUCUCCAGAUAUCUACAGAGGGAAAUAUAGGGAAGACCACCCAGAUCCAGCAAGUGCUUAUGCUGAAGAGGUGAAAAAGAUUAUUGAAGAAACACAGAAGAAUGGACGCAAGAUUGCUGCCUUCAUAGCUGAAUCCAUGCAGAGCUGUGGAGGCCAAGUAAUUCCACCUGUGGGCUAUUUCCAGAAAGUGGCAGAGUACGUGCAUGCGGCAGGUGGAGUGUUCAUAGCUGAUGAGGUCCAAGUUGGCUUUGGCAGAGUUGGGAAGCAUUUUUGGGCAUUCCAGCUGCAAGGUGAAGACUUUGUGCCUGAUAUUGUCACCAUGGGAAAGCCCAUUGGUAAUGGUCACCCUAUGUCUUGUGUGGUCACAACAAGGGAAAUUGCUGAAAGUUUUGGUGCCUCUGGAUUGGAGUAUUUCAAUACAUUUGGAGGCAAUCCAGUGUCUUGUGCUAUUGGUUUGGCUGUGUUGGAGGUAAUAGAAAAAGAAGAUCUCCAAGGAAAUGCUACACGUGUAGGAAAUUAUCUCCUGGAGUUGCUGGCUGAGCAAAAGGAGAAACAUCCCUUAGUGGGAGAUAUCAGGGGUGUUGGAUUGUUUGUUGGAGUGGAUCUGGUGAAAGAUCAACAAAAACGAACACCAGCCACAGCUGAAGCCCUUCACCUUAUUUACAAGCUGAAAGAACAUCAAAUCCUUCUUAGUGCAGAUGGACCCCACAGAAAUAUACUAAAAUUUAAACCACCAAUGUGUUUCACAAUGGAAGAUGCAAAACACGUAGUGGAGACAAUUGAUGCACUUCUCACAGAAAUGGAAGAAGCAACUGGAAUGAAGACAGAAAAUAAUGCAUCUACAAAUGCACAGUGUAAAAUGAAAACAACUGAAGGGAGUUCUCAACCAGAAGGUGCAAAUGAAAGCAUCAGCCAUAUGAAUGGAGCUGCCUGCAGACAAGAAAAUGGGCUAUAUUCUAAAACAUGCUCAGUGCCAAGUAAAAGAAUAACAACAUGAAAAGGGAAAGUUUCCUCCUUCAGUUUGAAUUUGUGUCUGGCUUGCUUUUGAGAUGAAGAGUGCAAUAAUUCGAGUCCAAGGAUCUGUUUGAAGCCUAGUCCUACCUUCCAUAAACUGGCUGAAUUCCUAUUAGCUUCAGUAGGAGUUUAAAAUACCUUUUCAGAUACAUGAGAACUGCACCAUGUGGCUUGAACUCUAGCUGUGACAGAACAGAUAAGUGAUACACAAAUACCUCGGUGCUGAUGGCAGGCUUGACGUAGACACGCAAACUUGGUGAAAUCUGCAGAUUUACCUGUAUUACACAGAAUCUGAAUUGCUUAACCACCAUACAAGCAAAUGC